GCCUUCAUACUGGGGGCGCUUGCGCUGUCGAGCGCCGCCUCCGCCUUCUCCAACUACUCGUCCUCCUAUGCCGGUGUCGAGGCGUUGCGCGCACAGCUUGCGCUGAUGGACGAUCGCCCGAAGGACUGCCCGCCAUGCUUUAACUGCCUCCUACCAGCGUUUACCUGCGGCCAAUAUGCGGAAUGCAACACGUACAACGGCCAGUGCACCUGUCCUGAUGGAUUCGGUGGCAUUGACUGCAUUGAGCCUCUGUGCGGUUCAUUGGCCAAAGGCAACGAACAUCGACAGAUACGCGCAGGCGACCGGUGCGAAUGCGACGAAGGCUGGGGUGGCAUAAACUGCAAUGUGUGCGAUGACGAUCGGGCCUGCAAUUCUCUGAUGGAGUCUGGAGACGGCGGCGUUUGCUAUCAGAUGGGCAAUGUGCUCAAGAACAACUACCAGAUGUGCGACGUGACCAACGACAAGAUCCGAGACCUUCUGGGUGAACAAGUUCCACAGGUCACAUUCACUUGCAACGCGCCUGAUGGCCGAUGUGACUUCCAAUUCUGGGUCGACCAGAAAGAAUCCUUCUACUGUACCCUCGACCACUGCGAAUCGAGCUACGACUUCAGCGACGAGAACUACAACAGGACCACAUAUAACUGCAAGAACGUCGAGUGCUCAUGCAUCCCCGACCGGAUGCUCUGUGGCCUGGACGGAUCCGUUGACAUUACUGACUUCCUGAGCGAGGAGAUUAAGGGUCCCGGCUCGUUCAAGUGUGUUCAGAACAAGGGUGGCGUCAACAAGUGCAGCUUCGAGGAGCCGGCCAUGAACGACCUGAUCAGCUCUAUCAUUGGUGACUCGAGCAUCUUCCUGUCCUGCCGCUCCGGCGAGUGUGUGCACUUCUCCGAGCUGCCUGACUACAAGCCGUCCGUUCCGAAGAUCAACACACCACUCAUCGCUGGCGUGAUUGCCGGCUGCGCCCUCUUCCUUGUCGCCGUGAUCGUCCUCACCUGGUAUCUGUCAAGACGCUCCUUUAGAUAUGGACCCAUCCAUCUGGACGACUCCGACGACGAGGCCCUCAAGCUUAUGGCAGACCAUAAACCUGCGUCGCUGCAAUUCGAGAACGUCUCAUACACCCUCAACGGCAAGCAGAUCCUGCACUCUCUGUCAGGCGUCGCUCGCCCUGGAGAGAUUACAGCCAUAAUGGGUGCUUCCGGCGCUGGCAAGACGACAUUUUUGGACAUUCUCGCACGCAAGAACAAGCGAGGUGACGUGAGCGGUGACUUCUUCGUCAACGGCGAAAAGGUCAGCGACGUGGAAUUCAAGUCCGUUGUUGGUUUCGUCGACCAGGAAGACACCAUGCUCCCGACUUUGACAGUCCACGAGACGAUCCUCAACAGCGCCUUGCUGCGACUGCCCCGGGAUAUGACAAGGGCUGCAAAGGAACAACGAGUCACGGAGGUCGAGAAACAGCUUGGUAUCUUCCAUAUCAAGGACUCCCUCAUCGGUUCGGAGGAGGGCAAGGGUCGUGGCAUCUCCGGUGGCGAGAAGCGCCGGGUCGGCAUCGCGUGCGAAUUAGUCACCAGCCCUUCCAUCCUCUUCUUGGACGAACCUACCAGCGGUCUCGACGCAUACAACGCCUUCAACGUUAUCGAAUGCCUGGUGACUCUGGCCAAGGACUUCAAGCGGACUGUUAUCUUCACGAUUCACCAGCCACGGUCAAACAUCGUCGCCCUGUUCGAUCGGCUGGUCCUCUUGGCGCAAGGUAAUCCUGUAUUUUCGGGUCCGUUCGGCCAGUGCCAGGAAUACUUUGACCGCGUUGGAUACGAGUGCCCACCAGGAUUUAAUAUUGCAGACUUCCUCGUCGACCUGACCAUGCAUGCAAGCUCAUCCACCAGCUUCGACGACGGCACUGUGUCCGCCGACGUGGCCAGUGUUGGGCCAAGUUCUACUCGGGGUGUCAAGAGUAUCGCCAGCAUCUCCAACGUCAGUAUUGGUGAGGACAGCGGAGUCGAGGCGUCCUCGUCCAGACCCAAGAACAAGCGCCGAGACUCUGUCAAGUCCAGGCAGGAGCGCGAGCUGUUCACUCGUCGCAAGACCAAUACCGAUGCCGCUUCGUCGGAUGGUGAGGGCGAGUCUGGUGCAUACAAGCUUCACAGACAACCUCCUAGCCGCAUCCCACCUCAGAUCAUUGAGGACCCCCACGAUCUUCCUCCUGCGGCAUCCGGCGGGACCGACCUCGAUAUCCUCGUCAGUUCUUUCCGGACUUCUGACAUCGCUCGCGAAAUUCAUGAGGAGAUCUCACAAGCAGUAACCACCGCUCAAAACGCCAAUGGUCGGAACGGAAACGCGUACAAUGCUGCAGGACCCAACAUUCACACGAGUGUCGUUGGAAAGGGUUACGCACGCAUCGGAUACAGCCGACAGUUUAUCAUCUUGUCACAGCGCACUUGGAAGAAUCUUUACCGCAAUCCGUUACUGAUGCUGACGCAUUAUGCGAUCGCUAUCCUCCUCGGUGUACUCUCUGGAUAUCUCUUCUACGGCUUAACCGAGGAUAUCCCUGGCUUUCAGAACCGCCUGGGUCUCUUCUUCUUCGUGCUGGCUCUCUUCGGUUUCAGUACCUUGACAAGCCUGAACGUUUUCUCGUCGGAGAGGUUACUCUUCACAAGGGAGCGUGCAAAUGGGUACUACUCGCCAGUCACCUAUUUUGCAUCCAAAGUUCUCUUUGAUAUCAUACCUCUUCGGAUCAUCCCGCCAAUCCUCAUGGGUAUCAUCAUCUACCCGAUGACCGGAUUGCAGGCGGACGCGGCUCACUUCUUCAUCUUCAUCCUCGUGCUGGUAUUGUUCAACCUUGCAGCUGCCUCUAUCUGUCUCUUCAUAGGCAUCGUCUGCAAGGACAACAGCGUGGCAAACUUAAUCGGCAGCCUCGUCAUGCUCUUCAGCCUGCUAUUUGCAGGACUUCUCCUCAACCAGGACAAGAUUCCUGACGGCGCCAAGUGGCUCCAGUGGUUGUCUAUCUUCCACUAUGCUUUCGAAUCUCUCAUCGUCAACGAAGUCAGCAAGCUGACGCUGGUGGAUAAGAAAUAUGGUCUGGAUAUCACUGUGCCUGGUGCUGCGAUCCUCAGCUCGUUUGGGUUCGACAACAGCGCCAUGUGGAGAGAUGUCAUCUGCCUGGGUGCUUAUGCUGCCGGCUUUGUUAUCCUGGCAUAUGCUGCGAUGCACGUCCUGCUGGUAGAGAAGCGAUAGGAUGGUGACUGUGUAGAGAUAAGCGGUGGUGUGGAGACUAUUGUACAUGUCGUUGAAAUUUGGAAGCGUUCCUGCAUGCGAUCCUGCUCUGGUCGGGGACAUGGGACGGUCGCUAUCUAGACUAUGCUCUGCUCUUUCAUAGAGGCAAUCUGGGCUGAUCCAGCCCGACUUUGUAUUGCAUUCAAACCUUCGGCGUUGGGGGACGAAUUUUGGAGCAUCGUGAAAGCAAUACGGGUCCUGUCUUGUACACACUCCAAUGAAAAAGAUUCCUUGUUU